UUAUCCAGGAUAUCAGACCGCGCCGCCAAUGGUGCAGCAGCCUUACGGCAAUGGAGGGUACGGCAUGCUGCGGCAGGGAUCGAACAACUCUCUCCCUCCUUACCACCAUCCGCCUGCCGCGAUGCAGCAUCCGCCUCAUGUCCCCCACCAGCUCCCACCCCACCCCGCUGCUCAGGGUCCCCAUCACAUUCCCAACAAGCCCUCAAUGCCUCAAGGGCCACCCAUGGGACACGGACAACCACCCUUCAGCAACCUGCCGACAUACGGCAACCCGGCGGCCCUGCCGCAGAAACCCACAACCUAGCAAGUGCGUGCGUGCAUCUACAGGUGUUUUCAUUCAUUCUUUCUCUCUUCUUUUUUGGUCUCCUCUCUCUCUCUCUCACACACACUCACACACACACACGGAUGGACACGGAUGAUCAUCAUGAUAAAGGCGUACGGAAUUUUCUCGGUGCAUACAGGCGUUCAGGCAAGGGGGAAGGGGUUCCUGCUGGUCUGAAGGGCUGGUCAAUCAUAGCAUGAGUGGGGCCAUCGUUCAGAAUCAGGCCCAGGUAGUUAGGAUUCGACUACAACACUAACAUUGUGGAGGGGGAAUCCAAACAAAAAAAAAAAAACUCGCACUUGCUAGAGGGAUGAUACUACUAUACUAGAUCAUCCAUAAUACGAUACAGUUUUCACAG